UAUUGUAAAGGGAAAUAUAUCACUUCCCGCUUAUGAAAACAUUUCUGUUUUCAUUUUUAAAAAUAUGUUUUUAUUUUAACUUGUUAAUAAAGAAGAUACGAGACUACCAUCGAAAUGGAGGAAAGGUAAAAUACUGACUGCACUAGAGAAAUUCUGCAGAACGUUUAGGCUGUAAAAUAAUAUUGGCUUUUUGUCUACUGCACUAGAAUAAAGUUUCCUUGUACACUAGAGAAAAAGAAAGAUAUAAUUAUGGCAGAAUUUUGACUAUAGAAUUAUCAUUUUCGUGUUCAAUUUCUAUACAUGUAAUUUGAUGAAGAAAAAAAACUCUUGAGAACAGUUAAAUAUGAUUAACUGUGUGUGGAAGAAACAUAUUACUAAAGAAGAUGCCAAUAGGUAAAGGACAAAUAUAAAACGCGUUGCUGCUGAGAGGAGGCCUAUAAUAAAUUAAUCUAAACAUAAGAGAAUACUAUAAUUUGUCAAUCAUGCUGACCAACGAAACCUCGUGGAACUUAUAACCUCGAAGUACCACUUGCUAUUUCAUAUUUUGAUAAAUAGGCCAAGUAAUUUUCUUGUAAUGGCUAUGCAAAAAACCAUAUUAGGCCAACAAUUUUCUUGUAAUCACUAUGCAAAAAACCAUAGGCGCUUCCUCUUCGAAAACAUUUGAUGUUUUUAUUAGCUUUCGCGGUGAGGAUACUCGUAGAAAAUUCACAAGCCAUCUUUAUGAUGCUCUGAGCAUGAAAGUUCGAACAUUUAUUGACGAAAAUGAGCUUGAAAAAGGAGAUGAGAUAUCUUCAGCACUUAUCAAAGCCAUUAAGGAGGCAUAUGCAUCUUUAGUAAUCUUCUCAAAAAACUAUGCUUCCUCAAAAUGGUGCUUGAAUGAACUGGUCAAAAUUCUUGAAUGCAAGAAAGAACAAGGACAAAUUGUGAUACCUGUUUUCUAUGAAGUAAAUCCAUCACAUGUGAGGAAUCAGAGAGGGAGUUAUGGACAAGCUUUUGAAAACCAUGAGCAAGAUUUGAGGCAGAGCAAAGACAAGUUGCAGAAAUGGAGAAAUGCUCUCACUGAAGCAGCCAAUUUAUCUGGGUGGCACUCUCAAAAUUACAGGAUUGAAUCACAUUUCAUCAAGGACAUUGUCGGAGAUAUUUUAAAAAAAUUGAAUCGUAAACACCCAUUUGAAGUUAAUAAUGAUGUUAGAACCCUUGGAUGGUGGGGCAUGGGCGGCAUAAGAAAGACCAUUCUAGCUAAGGAUUUAUUUAUUUAUUUGAAGCAAGCUAAAGAUUUAUUUAUUAAACCGUUUUCUCACCUUCAAUUUAAUAAGCCGAAGAACAAUUUGGUUUUCUUUGAAGGAAGUUCUUAUAAUUUUGAUCUUGAAGACUUACUUAGAGCUUCAGGAGAAGUUCUUGAAAAAGUUAGCUAUGGCAGCUCAUAUAAGGCUACAUUAUUAUUGGAGGAGGAGGAGGCAAUGAUAGUUGUGGUGAUAAGGUUGAAAGAAAUUGUGGUAGGAAAAAAGGAUUUUGAACAACAUAUGGAGAUUUUGGAAAGGGUCGGACAACACACAAACGUUGUGCCGCUAUGUGCUUACUAUUUUUCGAAAGAUGAAAAACUUAUGGUUUAUGACUAUGUCCCAAUUGGCAACUUAUCCACACUGUUGCAUGGAAGUCGAUCAGGUGGAAGAACAACUCCAUUUGAUUGGGACUCAAGAGUAAAAGUUUCUCUUGGAACUGCAAGAGGAAUUGCGCACAUCCAUUCUGUCGGAGGUACCAAAUUCACACAUGGAAAUAUCAUGUCCUCAAAUGUCCUCCUCAACCAAGAUAACGACGGCUGUAUUUUUGAUUUUGGCCUGACCUCACUUGUCAAUGUUCCUGCAAAACCUUCUGGACCUGCAGGUUAUCGCGCUCCUGAGGUGAUUGAAACCGGUAAUCACUCUCAUAAAUCAGAUGUUUACAGCUUUGGUAUCCUCCUUCUCGAAUUGCUUACAGGUAAAGCGCCUCUUGGACACGAUGAUAUGAUUGAUCUCCCUAGUUGGGUUCGGACGGUCAUGCAGGAUGAAUGGACAAUCGAGGUUUUCGAUGAUGAGCUAAUGUAUGAAAACAAGGAGGAAGAAAUGGUGCAAAUGUUGAAAAUUGCUAUGGCAUGUGUAGCAAACAUGUCUGAUAUGAGACCUAACAUGGUAGAAGUGGUAAGAAUGAUCGAAGAUAUCCAGUAAUCUGACUUAGAGAGCCGACCAUCUUCCGAAGAAAAUAAAUCUAAGGACUCAAAUGUUCAGACUCCAUAGAUUGAUUAACCAUUCAUUCAAAAAAAGAUUGAUUAACUACGGCUUUUUUGUUAACAAGGAAGUGAUACUUAAUGGUAUACAAGAUUGAGUGCAUGCUUAGUUAAGGUUUCUCAAACUUCAUUAUUCCAAACCUUUUCUGUCUAAUUGUUCAGUAUAUCUCAUAGAUGGAGUUUCUUUAAUUAUUUAUUUUCCUUCUAAUAGUUAGGUUGCUUUCCUUGAAUGAAUUCUUAUGUAUAUUUGUUAGUUGUAUUUCAAUUGUUUUUGUGCUGUUAAAAAAAAAACAUUUGAGAGCAUCAUUGCUUCAUUGAAAAUGUAAGGGAAGAAUCAAUUAGGUGUGGA